AUGGCAAGCCACUCCUACCACAUCAGCUCCAGUCAUGGGGUCAGGAACUUCGGCUCCCGCUCUGCUGUUGUGCCCAAGCCCGGGACUCACAGCAGUGUCAGUGCCAUGGCCUACCGCGUGGGCAGUUCUGGGGUGCUGGGCUACAGAUACCUUGGGGGCUUUGGCAGCCGGAGCCUGUAUGUGGUGGGGUCACCUCGGAUGGCAGUGAGCUGCAGACGGCCCCUACACGGUGGCGACAGCUUUGGCUACCGGGCAGUUGGCCUGUGCGGGCCCAGUCCUCCCUGUAUCUCCACUGUGAGAGUCAACGAGAGCCUCCUCACACCCCUCAACGUGGACAUUGAUCCCAAUGUGCAGUGUGUGAAGCAGCAAGAGAAGGAGCAGAUCAAGUGCCUCAAUAACAAAUUUGCUGCCUUCAUCAACAAGGUGCGCUUCCUGGAGCAGCAGAACAAGCUGUUGGAGACUAAGUGGCAAUUCUACCAGAACCGCAAGUGCUGCCAGGGCAACCUGGAGGGGCUGUUCCAGGGCUACAUCCAGACGCUGAGGCGGGAGAAUGAAUACGUGGAGGUUGAUGUCCCGAGGCUGGCCUUGGAGCUCAACCACGUGCAGGAGCCACUGGAGGGCUUCAAGAAGAAGUAUGAAGAGGAGCUGGCCCUCAGAGUCACAGCUGAGAAUGAAUUUGUGCUGCUGAAAAAGGACAUAGACAGUUCUUAUCUGCGCAAGUCAGACCUAGAAGCCAAUGUGCAGCUGCUGACCAGGGAGAUCACCUUCCGGCGGGCUCUCUAUGAGGAGGAGAUCUGCAUCCUUCAGUCUCAAAUCUCUGAAACCUCAGUGAUGGUGAAGAUGGACAACAGCCAGGAGCUCAACAUGGACAUGGUUGUGGCCGAGAUCAAGGCUCAGUAUGACGAUAUCGCCAGCCGAAGCAGGGCUGAGGCUGAGGGCUGGUAUCAGACCAAGUGCCAGGAGAUGAAGGCUACAGUGAUCCAGCAGGGCGAGAACCUCUGCAAAACCAAGGAUGAGCUGAACAAGCUGAACCGCUUGAUCCAGAGGCUCACAGCCAAGGUGGAGAAUGCUAAGCAGCAGCGCUGUAAGCUGGAGGCUUCUAUAGUUGACGCAGAGCAGCAGGGUGAGAGGGCCCUCAACGACGCCCACUGCAAGCUGGCAGGGCUGGAGGAGGUCCUGCAGAAGGCCAAGCAGGACAUGGCCUGCCUGCUCAAGGAAUACCAGGAGGUCAUGAACUCCAAGCUGGGCCUGGAUGUGGAGAUUGCCACCUAUAACAAACUGCUGGAGGGCGAGGAGAGCCGGUUGUGUGAUGGCAUGGGCUCUGUCAACAUCAGUGUGAGCCAUUCACAAGGUGGCGUGAUCGGCACGAAUCUUGGUUCCACUGUCUUGCGGGGUGUGGAGUGUGUUGCCACCAGCAACAGUGUCCUGUGCUCCCCCUCUGCCGUGGGGUCCUGCUCCAGUGCAAGGUCUUUGCGGUUUGCCUAG